AUGGUUGAGCCCACCCCCGAGGAGGCCGACACCUUCAAUGACUGCGAUGCCUUGGCGAACUGGACGGCGUUGCCCCACCGCCCAGAAGGCGGCAAUGCGUCCUCCUCGCCACGGUGCACGUUCGUCUUGCUGGUUGGUGCGAUCCUGGCAGCCCUCUCGGCCGCCUUGUCUACGUUGAUGGACGGUUUGGGUCAUCGGCGGCCAUUUGCCGAGCCUCGCCCUUCGCAUCAAGGGGGGGGUAGUCGGCCUGGCCGCUCGCAUAGCCUCGGGCUCGCAGGAACGAGCAGCGGCAGGGAGGCAGCGCGAGGACGCGGUGAGGCAGCUGCAGAUGCUACAGCCCCGAACGGCAGUGAGCCAGCGGCCGGCAAAACAGCAGCUGCAGGUCGCAGUGACGCCGCGCGGCGGCCUCAAGAGGAUCAGAUGUCCACAGUGGCGAUUUUGGAGGUGACCGAGAUGUCGUCGGAGGACGUGGAGGCAACCACUGGCGGUCACCCUUCGCCGCGCGUGGAGCUGACUUUGGAGCAGGCGUCAGUCCCGGACGUUCUGCUCGAAGGUUCUGGGCCCCCAUACGUGGACUCCUCGGUGCGGGCAGGCUUCGGCCACAGGAUUUCCAAGCGCGUGAAGCUAGCAGGCAUGAUGCUCACAGCGGAUGGUGGCCUGAUGCCGAGAGAGCAGCUGCUCGGUGCGGGAGCAGUCCUUUAG